CCGCUUUCGGUUUCGCCGCCGGGCCGCGAUGGCGGAGCCGGGGGCGCCCAUGCGGCUGAAGGAGUGGCUGAUCGCGCAGAUCGACAGCGGCCGGUACCCGGGGCUGCGCUGGGAGAACCGGCACCGAACGCUCUUCCGCAUCCCCUGGAAGCACGCGGCCAAGCAGGAUUACCGGCAGCAGGAGGAUGCUGCGCUCUUCAAGGCUUGGGCCAUCUACAAGGGGAAAUACCACGAAGGGACGGACAAGGCCGACCCUUCCACCUGGAAGACGCGGCUGCGCUGCGCCCUCAACAAGAGCACCGACUUCCAGGAGGUGCCCGAGCGGAGCCAGCUGGACAUCUCCGAGCCUUACAAGGUGUACCAGAUCGUGACUGACAGAGCCUGUGAUGCAGAGGACAGUGACACACAGUCCCCAGGCACUGAGGACCAGCAGGGCAGCACUGCAGGCAGUCCAAAGGAGGAAAGCCAGAAGGACAUGCUGCACAGUGUCCACGUGCCUCCACAGCCCCGGCUCUCUGGCCACCCAACUGAGCGAGGGUUCCUUGUGAGGGGAGUCUUCUAUGGCUGGAACCCGACCCAUGGCCAGCUUCUUCCUGGACCCCAGUCCUACCUCCCUGUGGAGGAUGUCAACAAUUCAGACUGCUGGCUCCACAUCCGCCUGUACUACUGCGACGUGCUGGUGAAGGAGGUGACCACCCGCAUGGCCGAGGGCUGCCGCAUCACCACCAGUGCCGUGCCGGCCGACAGCGAGCACCUCUACGGCCCCUCCUGCAUGGAGCAGAUAAAGUUCCCCCCACCGCAGGUGCUCAGUGGCCAUGGCCACGUGGCCUGCAUGACAGAUGUGCUGGAGCAGCUCUUGCCCCAUCUGGAGCGUGGGGUGCUGCUGUGGGUAGCACCUGAGGGGGUCUUCAUGAAGCGGCAGUGCCAGGGCAGGGUGUACUGGAAUGGGCCGCUGGCCCCACACAAGAACUGGCCCAACAAGCUGGAGAGGGAGAAGACUUAUAAGCUGCUGGACACACAGCAGUACAUACAGCAGGUGAGGGAGUACCUGAGCAAUGGACAACUCAUGCCUCAAUACCAGAUCUACCUGUGCUUCGGGGAGGAAUACCCCACCAGAGCUGGGCACCCCUUCCAGAAGCUCAUCAUGGCACACGUGGAGCCGGUGUUCGCACGGGAGCUCUUCCAUCAUGCCCAGCGCUUGAGGCCGAUGCUGCUCUGCAAUUCCCCACAGCCCUGUGCCCCUGGCACCUCCAGCCAUAUCUUCCAUGUCCUCAAACAGCUCUGCCAGCCCUGAACUGGGUGGGAGAGGAGAGCCCAGUUGCCAUAAAGUCUCAGAGUGGGAGGCUCUGAGCCCCAUGGCCCCGCUCCAGCUGCAUGUCCCAAGGCAGAGUGCUCAGGAUGCUCAGUGUGUGGGACCAGACAAGGACAGAUGUUAGCUGGGGUGUGCAGGUACUGCUGCCCCUGUGAUUGCUGUAUUUAUUCCCUAGAAGUCCCCCAGGAGGGAUUUAUUGCGUGCCUUUUCAGCAAGCCAGGGCAGACCUGGCUCCAUUCUUGCACCUUGCU